AUGGCUCAUUGGAGUCUCAUGGCCCCACUCUACGCGCACUCCACCUCCUUACUGCUCCUUCAACCUCCUCCUCUUCGCCUUCCCGCACGCUCUUUCCUCGCCGCCUUCCCGCCCCUCACCAUGCACUGCGCCGGCCCCCCGCCACCGCUCUCCAACACCUUCCCCCCCGCGCCCGCCCUGCGCGCCAUGCCAAUGCCCUCCGCCCCCUCGCCUUGGCCUGCCUUUCCGUCACCCGCCCCUCGCAGCGUCGCGUGCAGCCCUUCCGCUGCCUCGCUUGCUGCGACCGCUGCUGCCCGUACUGCCGACCACGCCGCACGCCUCGAGAAGCACGCUUGUCGGCCGCUCUCGUGGCUCGCUGGCCACGACUCCCUACGCGCCGCUUCCCCCAUACUACCGUACCUAUCUGCACGUCACCUCCUUGCCCCGCGCGCGCCCUCCGCCACGAGCAGCAGCCCCCCCUACUCCGCGCGCUCAUGCGUGGUGGGAUCCGACUGGGGGAGCAAUGCGGAUAAUGCUCAGGGGAGGGGCGGCCACGUGGGGAAGAAGGAGGUGGCGGACGUGGGGGGGAUGGGAGGUGCAGCGAUGAGGUGA